AUGCGGUUCCUUAAUCUCCUGGCCAGCUUCGGCCUCAUUGCUCUUGCUGCUGCAGCUCCUCAAGAAUCAGACUCCUCGGAUACCUCCUUGGUCUCGACACCUUCAACCGCUUCUUCCUCGACUGCCGACGUGACCACCUCGACUGCUCCUGUCUCACCGACCACCAGCUGCAUUAACGCCUGCGGUACCAAUGUCUGCUGCCGGGCUGCCUGCGUCGGCGUUCCCUGCCCCAAUGAAGCUCAGGUCAACGCGACGACCGAAUGCGCCGCGCAGUGCAACCAAGGCAAUGGAUCUGCUGCCGAUACGCAGGCUUAUGGAGAAUGCCAGUCUUCCUGUAUCUCGUCUCUUUUCCUCACAUCCAGUGGCGCAGCCCCUGCAACCGCAACCGCAACCAACAGUCGUGCUGCCAGCAAUUCGGCUUCUGCCACCGGCAGCUCUGGCUCUGCAAGUGCCUCUGCCGAAUCCACUGCUUCCUCGUCAGACUCUGCCGCAUCUGCUUCCUCUACCGGUAAUGCAGCUAGUAGCAUUCAGAUCGGUGCUUCGACUGCCGGUCUUCUCGGUCUUCUAAUGGCUGCUCUAGCCCUAUGA